AUGUACAUCCACUUCCUGGUGGUUCAGACCAAACUGAAGAACAUCAAGUAUGAUGGAGGAGCUGAGGCAGAUCCACACUGGAGUCCAGAGAACAGGAAGAUGAUUGAGUCUCUGGGAAAACUGGCUUUUGAGCAGCUGCAGAAUGGUAACCUGAUCUUCCAUGAAUCAGACCUGACAGAGUUUCUGUCCUCAGUUCUCAGCUCUGAGUCCUCUAGUCUGAGAGAGCUGAACCUGAGUAACAACAACCUGAAGGAUUUAGGAGGGAAGCUGCUGUCGGCUGGACUUCAGAGUCCACACUGUAAACUGGAGAUUCUCAGUCUGUCAGGCUGUCUGAUCUCAGAGGAAGGAUGUUCUUCUCUGGUCUCAGCUCUGAGCUCCAACCCCUCCCAUCUGAGAGCGCUGGACCUGAGCUACAAUCACCCAGGAGACUUGGGAGUGAAUCGUCUCUGGAGACUGGACACUCUCAGGGUGGAGCCUGCUGGAGUCAGAUGGUUGACACCAGGACGGAGAGUCUCCUCCUGUGAAGAGAACCAGAACCAGUUGAGUCUGAUCAGGGUCAUCAGCUGA